CGUUGCCAUGGUAACGCGGCGCUGCCGGAAGCCCGCCCGGGGCACUUCCGGCGCGGCCCUCGGCCUCCUUCCCUUCCCGCCCGCCGCCGCCAAGAUGGCGGCGCCCGUGUCGCUGCAGGUGGAGUUCGGAGGUGGUGCAGAACUCUUGUUCGAUGGUGUUAAAAAGCAUCAGGUGACUUUGCCUUCUCAGCCAGAGCCUUGGGAUAUCAGAAACCUGCUAAAGUGGAUCAAAAUGAAUCUGCUGAAAGAACGGCCGGAAUUAUUUAUGCAGGGGGAGUCUGUGAGGCCAGGAAUUUUGGUGCUCAUCAACGACGCAGACUGGGAACUAAUGGGUGAGCUGGAUUAUAAACUCCAGGACCAGGAUAAUGUGCUUUUCAUCUCGACAUUACACGGCGGGUGAACUCCUGGAAAAACAAGAGGACGUAAAUCCAAACCCUCGGGCAAAAAAAAAAAAAAAAAAAACUAAACCCACCCAAAACUCUCUUGAACUGUCCACGCCCGGUCUCGGCACCUUCCCACCAUGUUCCCUUGUUCCUACACAUCCAAAUAAAGCCUCGCCAACGUGCGGCCUGCUGUGUUCUGCGACAGCA